AUAUUACUUUCCGAAUCUCAAAGCAUUCCCACAUUCUUCUCUCACCCACGCCACAAUGAAACUCACCCAACUACUGUAAUGGCUAUGGUGACACGUGUUCCUUUUGUCGCCGCUGCCACUACUCCUCUCUCUUCCUCUUCUUCUUCAUUUUUGCAGUCACUAACAUGGUGGAACCGAGAAAGUGUUGCGAAGGGCGUUGGAACAAGAAUCAGUGUUGUGGCCGCGAAGAUCACUGUCCUUGUUACGGGAGCGGGUGGUCGCACAGGGAAAAUAGUUUAUAAAAAGCUGAAAGAGAGGCCAAAUGAAUAUGUGGCAAGAGGUCUGGUUAGAAGAGAAGAAAGCAAAGAGAAGAUUGGUGGUGCAGAUGAGAUUUAUGUAGGGGAUAUAAGAGAUGCUGAGAAUAUUUGACACGUAGGAUGUGUCAAAUAUAUAUGUCGAAAUAUCAUUUUCCUUGAGCUUCAACGAUAUCAUGGGUUUGAUGCUUAGUAGUAAGAUAAUUUUCUGAAAUUUAACAGAUUUCCUUAUCUGUUUAGCUCAUCUUCUCGGAACAACCAUGAUACUUUUAGUAUAUGUUUUGUAAUGAUAUUUGGUUCAGAAUUGUCUCUUUC